UCCUCCCAAGAACCAGACUGCCAAAGUCCUUGAGCCUUUGGAGGAGCAUGCAUGCAGUUGCCCUAAAAAAAGAUCAUCCUCCAUAUGAUUGCCACAAGUCCUUAUAAAAGGGUAGCUAGCCACCAAUAACUUGUCUCUGCAGCUAGGCCCUCUUCUCAUCUCAUCUCCUUCCUCCUAAAUCCUAACCCCCUACACACACAGUACACUCCAGCACUCUGAGCUAGUAGUAGUAGUACUUGUGCAUGGUCAUAUCCAAGCCCAUCUAUCUAUAAGGUAAGGGAGCUACCUAGCUGUGCCCUCAGAAGGGUUCAUCGAUCAUACUCAUAUAUAGUAGCUACGAGGUGACCAACAAUGUCACGGAGGAAAGGAGCAGCAGCAGCAGGAGGAGGAGCUGGGCCCAUGGCGAUGGCGGCCAUGGAGGAGGAGGCAGCCGAGCUGAGGAGAGGCCCCUGGACGCUGGAGGAAGACAACCUCCUCAUGAGCUACAUUGCUUGCCACGGCGAGGGCCGCUGGAACCUCCUCGCCCGCUGCUCCGGGUUGAAGAGGACGGGGAAGAGCUGCCGCCUCCGGUGGCUGAACUACCUGAAGCCGGACAUAAAGCGGGGGAACCUGACGGCGGAGGAGCAGCUGGUCAUCCUGGAGCUCCACGCCAAGUGGGGCAACCGGUGGUCGCGGAUCGCGCAGCACCUCCCCGGCCGCACCGACAACGAGAUCAAGAACUACUGGCGGACCAGGGUGCAGAAGCAGGCGAGGCAGCUCAAGGUGGACGCCAACUCCGCCGUCUUCCGCGAAGCCGUCCGCUGCUACUGGAUGCCGCGCCUCCUCGACAAGAUGUCCAUGGCCGCCGCUUCCACGGCCGCGCCGCCGCCGCUGAUGGAGCAGCACGGCCAGGGCGUCCUGUCCUCCUCGCAGUCGCCGCCGAUCGGCAGCGACCAGCUCUGCUGCUACGGGCCUGCCGCCGCCGGCUUCGACCCGAGCCCGAGCGCGUCCACGUCGGGGUCGACGGCGGCGGCCGCGCUCCAACCGGCGCCAGUGCCCUGCUUCUCCGAACUCAACUGGGAGGACCAGUACUGCUACCCGAGCGGAGGCGACCUCGACGGCGGCGCCGGCGGGAUGGAGCUGGACUCGGCGGCGCUGCUGGGAAGCCUCGGCCUCGACGGGCUGGACCUAGGGCCGGCAGAGUCGUACCUCCCGGACGCCACGCUCCUCGACUACCUCAACUACUCGAGCUGCACCGCCAACGCCGCCAUGAACAUGAUGGCGAUGAACGGCGGCAGCUACAACAACAGCAGCUACUGUGGCGGCGGCGGCGCCAUGGUCGACGGCGAUCACCACGACACGACGACGGCGGCGACGACGUGCCACGCGGCGAGGAAGCUGGCGGGCGAGUGGGGAGGAGGAAUCUAGAAAAUUCUAGCUAGCUAGCUAGUGAUUAAUUAAGCUAAAAUUAAGCCCAGCCAAGUGGAUGGAUGGAUGGAUGGCACUCUCCUACUCCUAGCUAGCUACGUUGCUUCUUGCAACGUCUCUCUAGCUAUAUUAAAGCCAGAUGUCACAUUAGCUAAUGGAGCUCAUCAUCAUCAGCAUCGACCAUGUAGCUAGUAGUGAAGUUGCCGAUUGAUCGAGAUUGCUAGCUCUAGCUCUCUUUUACUCGUUGAUUCUAGUGUAGUCGAUGUGGUGCAUGCAUGAUCAAUGAGGUGUAACCUUUUAGAUCUACUAGUAACUACGUACGUGUGUGUGUG